GACCUGCUUGAUAUUUCCAUUGCUUGAGUCGGUACACGUAAGAGCGGCGGUAAUAUUGUCGUCGUUCGUCCAUCCCGGAGCUCUAAUCUCGACCCUUCGUUUCUCGCGGCUCACAGCGAAACCCGAGGACAUGUCCUUGUCCUGAACCGAUAUAUCGUAUUCCUUUUGAUUCGAAGACCGACGCUUUCGCGAGUCGAGGCCCAUCGAAUUCCUUUCCUCCACGGCAUCACAUUCACUCUAAUAAUGCGUCCGAUAUUUCAAGCUGCAGGCAUCGUGAGCCUGCUGGCAGGUGUAACGGGAGCUAUCACAGUCGACUUUAACGAUGACAGAUCUAUAAAGGACGCAGCCAGCACGGUUGCUUUCGGGUUGGUGAAAUAUUACACAGGAAACAACACGGGCGAUGUCCCGGGUAACUUGCCUGACCCAUACUUCUGGUGGGAAGCGGGAGCCAUGUUUGGGACGCUGAUCGACUAUUGGUUCUACACGGGAGACGACACAUAUAAUGCGAUAACAACGCAAGCUAUGCUGCAUCAAACGGGCGAGGACCGCGAUUUCAUGCCCCGGAACCAGACAAGAGCGAUGGGCAACGACGACCAAGGGUUCUGGGCCAUGGCAGCCAUGUCUGCCGCCGAGAACAACUUCCCGAACCCGCCGGAGGACGAGCCGCAGUGGCUGGCGCUGGUGCAGGCCGUCUUCAACGAGUAUGCGGGUCGAUGGGACACGGAGGAUUGUGGUGGCGGGCUGCGUUGGCAGGUGUUCGCGUUCAACAACGGAUUUGACUACAAGAACAGCAUUUCCAACGGCUGCUUUUUCAACAUCGCCUCUCGGCUGGCGAGAUAUACGGGCAACCAGACCUACGCGAACUGGGCCGAGAAAGUCUGGGACUGGAUGGAGGAUAUCGGGUACAUCGACGAGGACUACAACGUCUACGACGGGGCCGGCGCGUUGAAGAACUGCGCCGACAUCAACCGUGCGCAGUGGACCUACAACGCUGGUAUAUUCCUGCAGGGCGCGGCCGUCAUGCAGAAUUUCACGGGAGGAAACAGCACCUGGAAACAACGGGUAGAGGGCCUAGCCAAGAGGUCGCGCGAAUACUUCUUCGACGAUGGGAUCGUGGUCGAACGUCCGUGCGAGGGCUUCAACUUCUGCGAUAUCGACCAGCAGAGUUUCAAGGGCUAUCUGAUGCGGUGGAUGGCCUCGGCGGCGCAGAUGGCGCCGUCCACCUUCGACAUCCUAAUGCCGCUACUCGGGUCGUCGGCGGCAGCGGCGGCGCAGCAAUGCUCCGGCUCGCCGCCGGCGUCGGAAUUCCGGGGCAAGCCCGGCACGGCGUGUGGGUUUAAGUGGACGGAGAAGGACAAAUUCGACGGCCUCGUGGGCGUCGGCCAGCAGAUGAGCGCCCUGUCCGCGAUACAGUACACGCUAGUCAAGAAGCAGACGGCGCCCCCCGUCACGGCCGACACGGGAGGCACAUCCCUCGGAAACGUAAACGCCGGGCGGCGGAUCGAGGACAAGAUGCCCUCCGUGCCGGAGAUCUCGACGGGAGAGAAGGUCGCCGCCGGCUUCCUGACGAGCGCGAUCGUGUUCACCAUCAUCGGCGCGUGCGUCUUCGUGAUGCUAGACUAGGGAAGCCAAGCGGGCGCGAGGGAAAGGAAGUGAGACUCGACAUCGUUGACGACGAAAUGAGGAUACCCUGCAGGACUAUGCCAGGCGAUUUAAAAGAAAAAAAGGCACACCUGGUACGAGGAUAACACGUUUAUAUAGGGAACG